AGUGUAUGACAGAAAGUCAGAAAGUUCAUAAACAACAUUCGCCUGCUCAAAUGAGAUAGGAAUUCAAAUACAUUCCACGCAAAAUGAAAUUUUAAAUGUUUGAAUGUUUCGAAUUUAUUUGUGAUUUAUGUUGUGAUUAUUAUCUGAUUAAUGUUGUGCGCAUUAAUUUGUUGUGAACAUUUGGUGAAAGUGAAACAGAAACGUUUGUUUGAAACUAAUUUUUCGUAUGAGAGAAGAUGAGUGAUUCAGAGGAGCUGACAUCCACAUCAAGUGAGAUGAGAAUUGAAAAUAUCGACCCAGAAUUGGAUAUUCGCAGUGAUUUGUUCAAUCCGCUAAAGGCACUAUUGUCACCCGAAAUCCAAAUACCCAUCAAAGAUGCACCGCAGUACAAUAACGUGGCUCAAUAUGAAUCUGCAAUGAGAAGACAACAAACCGGCGAAACGACAACAAAGCAGCAUGCAGCGCCAAAAAUGCCAUCGAAAUCGUAUCGUCAAGAAAUCGAACUACACAAGAGAAGGUUUUUACCGCAUCAAGAGAUGGUCAAAGGGCGGGGAAAGAGUGCUCGACAUACACGGAAUUUAUUGACAAAAAUGAGUGGUGACUGCGAUGGACCGACCAAUAUGUUGAAACAAUGGAAAGAGCAACAAAAACGUGUAAAGAUAUUCACCAGGAAUGCCGUAACUAUAAAUGGUCACGUAACUGGUUUCAUUGAGGCAUUUGAUAAGCACUGGAACAUCGUACUAACCAAUGUAUUUGAAGUGUGGACACGCAAAAAGUAUCAUCACACAUGCAAGGCAACCACGAUAGUAAAUGAUGAUAAUGAUGAUACAGAUGCCGAGUCGCAAUUGAAAGUGUGUUUGCAACGGUUGCAACACCUCAACAUCACCAUACCAUCGUUAAAUGUUAAAUCCAUCAAUCGGAAGCGAGUUGAAUGCUCACGAAACGUACAAAAAUUAUUGAUUCGCGGUGAACAAAUUGCCACGAUCAUCUUAGAUACAACACAACAUCAGACAAUGGAAACCGGAAACGGAAAUAAAACUCGACCGAAGUAAUUAAGUGUCUGUGUCUGUGUUUGUGUAUGCGGCUCGAAAAAACAAAAUCUCUCGCGAAAAUUGCCUGUAUUUCGGUGUGUUUUACACAUUGUAUAAAUUGUAGUAAUUUCACAAGGUUAAACGAGAGAAAAUGCCGUGUUGCGAAGAAAUAAUGUGGUUGUUAUUGUUGUUAUGCCUACUUUGAAUAGAUUAAGAAUGAAUGCAAAUAAAUUGUACUUUUUUUUAUCGUUACGUACAA